AAUUCUAGAAAACAAACUCCGACGACAGAUUCCCUGUUUAUGACGUAAUGUUUUAUUUAUUCAUAUCAUUAUCAAGUGUCAAAUUAAAGUUAUGCACACUUGUUGACUGAGCAAACAAAGACAGUGCAUGAUGUUAGAUGUCCAUGUUGACUUCUUCUUGCUUUAAUAUUAGGAGUGUAUCACCAAAAUAUAAUCAGUAUAACAGAGAAUCUGAUAAAGUACCCGCUCCAGAGAGACAGUAUAAAAGAUAGGUCAAGAAAACAAAGUCUUUAUAAUAAACCCGUAGCUACAUCGUAUAAAUAACAGAAUGAAAAAAUAUAGUAAGCGACUUGCAAUAGCUUAAAAAACACAUGAUCAUUACUUAUGUUCUACAUUAACACGGAAGAAGUGACAAACAAAAGCCUUGUAUAACACAAUGCAACACGUGGUGUACAUUUUGCCAUCAUAAUUAUCGCAAGGUAGCCGCGACAAAUGACACAUGUUGAAUCCAGUUAAAUUCUGUUACGGAUAGGCACAGUAUGUGACUAAUGUAAAAGCCUUGCCGAUAUCUGCCACAAGCCAGAGCUCAACCAACAUUGUUACUGUAAACACCUCUCUUUGAUAUAAUCUAAGCUUUGCGGACGUUACACGAUGGAGAGACUGUGGAGGGCGCUGCGGGGCGGGAUCAGAAGUGGAGAUGGCAAGGAGACGGAACGCGAGCUGAACCGCAGCACGUACUCGCUGGUGUCGUGCGGUGACGUCACCCCGCACACCCUGCAGCUAUGGCUCACCCUGCCGGAUGAGAUCAAGAACGACCCAGACCUCGACAAGUUCAGGAAGCUGUAUGAGGAGACUGAUAAAUCUAAAAUCAACCCUGAUGACAAGAAUGUAUCCGAGGCUACUUCCAAGCGCCUGCCCAUGGUCCAUUCAGCACCGCUCCUGGACGGGAGAGACGGGAUAGAGGGGAAUACGAACGGGGAUGCUACAGCCGAUGCGUCAGAAAACAACGAAACCAAAGAUAAUGUAGAAAUUCAAGCAAACAGCAAAUUAAGUACAAAGUUAUUGAAUGCGAAGUAUUACACAAAGAUGACGUUGUUGUUGGGCUGCUGGUUGUUCUUUACAGUCGUCUUCCUGACCUGCAACGAGAAGAAGGAAUUCUUCAAGAACACGGCAGUGUCACCGGGACUGAUUAAAAAUUUCACGAUCGGCGCCAUAGAAGCGACGUCGAUUCUAGUCAAAGUAUCGGGACCUUUCCUGUCAGAGCACGCGGAGAUCAAGUUGAACUCCAGCGAACUGGACACCAGGGACAGGAUGGUGAUGUGGCUGGAGACGUGGAACUCUUCAAAUACUGGGGCACAAAAUCAAAUGAAAACGGAUUCCUGGACAAUAUUCUUAGAAGACGAGGAUCUGGACUUCAACGGAGGUGAAGAAAGAUGGAGGAAGUUUGAGUUGGCGCAGGGCAACAGCACGUACGUCCUGCGCAUGAAGAGCUCGGGCGAGCAGACGGUGGCGCUGGCGCUGAGCUGGUCUCUUGACCUGGUGGGAGUCAGCGGCGUGGUGUAUGCGUGUGUGCUGCUGGCCGGACUGUACGUGCUCAUUAUAUUUGAGGUAAUAAACCGCACCAUGGCCGCCAUCUUAGUUUCGACGAUGUCGAUAGCUGCCUUGGCCCUGGUGGGCGAGCGGCCGUCGCUCCCGGAGAUCGUCUCCUGGCUGGACGUGGAGACGUUGCUGCUGCUCUUCAGCAUGAUGCUGCUGGUCGCCAUUAUGGCGGAGACCGGCAUAUUUGAUUACUUGGCUGUCUUCGCCUUUGAGGUGACAGGAGGCCGCUUGUGGUCGCUGGUGUUCCUGCUGUGCGGCCUCACUGCUGGAUUCUCCACCUUUCUCGACAAUGUGACCACCGUGCUGCUCAUGUCGCCCGUCACCAUCAGACUGUGUGAGGUGAUGGACUUGGACCCGGUGCCGAUCCUGAUGCUGAUGGCCAUCUACAGCAACAUCGGCGGGACCGCCACCCCGGUCGGCGACCCGCCCAACGUCAUCGUCGCGUCCAACAAGGCCGUCAUACAAGCCGGCAUCAACUUCAGCAACUUCACGCUGCACAUGGCGCUGGGCAUCCUGGUGGUGUGUGUGCAGACCUCGCUGCAGGUGCGCUACAUGUUCCGGGACACCGCCCGCCUGCGUCUGCAGGAGCCUCGACACAUACAAGACCUGCGCAACCAGAUAUCUAUCUGGCAUCGCGCGGCGGAGUCUCUGCCGCAUCUGAGCAAGGAGGUGCAGGUGGUGCGCGAGCGGCUGCUGCGCAAGGAGGACAAGCUGCGCCGUCAGCUGCACGCCGCGCUGCGACACUCCAGCACCAGGGCCUGCCCCGAGGACACCUUCCACACCACCCUGAUACUACUCAAGGAUAAGUACAAGAUCAGGGAUAAGACGCUGCUGCUGAAGGCGGCGGUCACCAUCGCCUUCGUCGUGGUCGUGUUCUUCCUGCACUCCAUACCAGAGUUCAACCGCGUGUCUCUGAGCUGGACGGCGCUGCUGGGCGCCAUCCUGCUGCUGCUGCUGGCGGACCGCGCGGACCUGGAGCCCGUGCUGCACAGGGUCGAGUGGUCAACUCUGCUUUUCUUUGCUGCACUCUUCGUGCUUAUGGAGGCGCUGUCGCGGUUGGGGCUGAUCUCGUUCGUGGGCGGGCUGCUGCAGCAGGUGGUGCUGCAGGCGGAGGGCCGCGCGCGUCUCGCCCUCGCCAUACUGCUCAUACUCUGGGUGUCGGGGAUGAUCUCCGCCUUUGUGGACAACAUCCCGCUGACCACUAUGAUGGUGCGCGUCGUGGUGACCAUCGGCUCCAACCCCGACAUCGGCCUGCCUCUGCCGCCGCUCAUAUGGGCCUUGCUCUUCGGAGCCUGCUUGGGAGGUAACGGCACUCUGAUCGGCGCGAGCGCGAACGUGGUGUGCGCCGGCGUGGCGGAGCAGCACGGCUACCGCUUCUCCUUCCUGCAAUUCUUCCGCGUCGGCUUCCCCGUCAUGAUCGGUCACCUCCUCGUCGCCUCCGUCUACCUCCUCCUCUGCCACUGCGUCUUCACCUGGCACUAGGCCACUGCACAAGAGCAUCAGAUGGUGACUACUGUGCAAUGUGUGUCUGCCUCCGCGAGACAAUACUAUCGACAGUGGCGCCGCUCGCUGCACCUGAUUGGGCGAUUGUAUUGAAGAUGUCCAAUUUAAGUAAUAAUGUAAUUAUAAUAAAGUGUGAAUGUAUGUUAGUGUAAAUAUUAUAUAAGCUUAUACUUUGUUUAAUCACUAUUUAUGUAUUGAUGAUAGUGUAACACAAAUUACUUGAAAUAUUAUUUACAUAUUUAUCAUAAAAUUCGAAGAGACGGAAAUCUUACCAGGCGCUAGUUUAUUUGUUAUAAAAACCUUUAUGUUAGAAAAAUAUCGAAUGUUUAUUAGUUAUUUGCUUAUUUGUUUUUGUCUUAAUUUCUAUGGCAAAAUAGUCGUCCGUCCAGUGUACAUCGGAUCUCUUAAUUUGUAGGCAAUAAAUAUAUUCGUGUAAAUGAUAAUUUUCAGAGUUAAAAUUGAUAUCGAUGAAGUACAAAUAAUUAAGUUAUUAUAAUUGUAAUUUA